AUGUCUUCUCACAAAGCACGAAGAGUAAUUGAUCAGAUUCGUGACCGUUCCUACGAAGAAACGCUUAUGAUACUUAAAUUUAUGCCCUAUCAAGCAACUUAUCCGAUUUUGAAAUUAGUUUCUUCUGCAGCAACAAAUGCUAUUCAGAGUCGAGGUUUUAAUAAAGCCAAUUUAGUGAUUAGUCAAGCAAAAGUCAAUCAGGGACCUACGGGGAAAAAAAGAAGACCUCGGGCUCGAGGACGAAAUUGUUUAAUAAAAAAACAAACCUGUCAUAUAACAAUUGUAUUAAAAGAUACAUCUUUACUACCAAGAGAAACAAGAGACUACCAAGAGAAACAAGAGGACUUUUCUAUUAGGACAUUUUAG